GUUGUUUUUUCGGGACCUCAGCGAAGUCCCAGACCCUCCAUUGGUUGCCCACCCGCACUUGGAUGUGAUGUUUGGUUCGUAACAGGGAGGAGUGAUUGUUAAGCCGCAUGCUUUGAGGCAGCUGAUAACUUACUGCCAGCUGCCACUGACUUCAGGACAGGGUUUUUAUUACUUUUGCCUCAGGCAUUUGCUGCCAGCAGGCUGCCAUUGUUGAUACACUGGUAGCUGUUGGCUUCCUAAAUAGCCAGUAUGUCUGUAUUUAAAUCUGCUCUCAAUUAUUUCAAUGACACAUCCUCCGUCCAAACAAAUGAGUUUGUGGGACAAGUUGUUGAGCUUGGAAAUGCUAAGAUGCGUGUCAAGAAGCAAAUUGGGGAAGGUGGGUUUGCAUUUGUGUAUGUGGCUCAGGAAGUUACAAGUGGCAAAUAUUUUGCUUUGAAGAGAUUACUCAGCUCAGAUGCUGACGUGGACAGGAUCAUCAGACAAGAAAUCGGUCUACUGAAAAAAUUGUCUGGGCACCCCAAUGUCAUUCGGUAUUUGACGGCGGCCGCCAUCGACAAAGCCCAGUCUGGGCAUGGACGAAACGAAUACCUGGUGGUGACAGAACUUUGCACAGGCGGCAACCUGGUGGACGUGUUGCGGCUGGCCGGCCGCGCCCUGCCCGCCGACCAGGUCUGCCAGAUCAUGUACCAGACCUGCAAGGCGGUGCAGCACAUGCACGCCCAGGAGCCGCCCGUGCUGCACCGCGACUUGAAGGUCGAGAACCUUCUGAUCGGCGACGACGGCCUGAUCAAGCUGUGCGACUUCGGCUCGGCCACCACCACGAUGCACUACCCGGACCCGUCCUGGUCGGCCAUCCAGCGCUCGCUGCUGGAGGACGAG